GUAUGGGAACAACGAGGCACAGGUGAGAUAAGGGUCCAACACGUGACCCCGCGUCCCCAGCGCGUCAUCGUUUCUCCCCCCGUCGCGGUUACCUCACCAACUAUAUCCAAAGUUCGACACCAUCAACAAUGGCCAUUGCUCCAGCCGGCCUAUAUAAUUGCUGUUGCUUGAAUUAGAGACACAAGUGCUGUCCCUGGGCUCUUUCUGUGCUAAAUUGCUUCUUUUGUAUCUUUUUGUAUACCGGAUUCCUGCGCAAUGGCAGACGAAGAGUGUGCCAAUCCAUUACUCCUUGGCUGGGUCAAAGAAUGGUUGGAUACGGCAAGAGAACGCAAUUCGAAGGGGUUCACAGUUUAUAGAAAGGCCUACGACUCCUUGAAGUCAUGCCCGCUCCCAUUUCAGCAUCCUGCAGAGGCACAGCAAUUACACGGCUUCGGUCCCAAACUCUGCGAGCGACUGACGGAUAAACUGAAAGUCCAUUGCCAAACAAAUGGACUUCCCAUGCCUGACCUACCCCGAAAGGUUAGUAAAGGGAAAACCACCGCCGACGAUGGCACUGCUCCCGCGAAGCCGGCCAGGAAAAAGAAGGCCUACGUCCCAACUUUACGAUCGGGGCCGUAUGCGCUGAUCCUCGCGCUGUCCACCAUUCCAGAGAGUGCACCUUCCGGUAUCACAAAGCAGCAAACAAUCGAGCUAGCUCAGCCAUAUUGCGAUUCCUCGUUCACCGCAUCGAGUGACCCAACCAAGUUCUACACAGCGUGGAAUUCGAUGAAGACGCUCCUUGAAAAGGACCUCGUCGCCGAGAAGGGUCGGCCGCUGAGGAAAUACUGUCUCACAGAAGAAGGCUACGAAGUCGCCUCACGAAUCAAGGCAUCCCAGCCAACCGCGGAUCCCAAGCAGAGUACGCUCGACGCCCCUGCAGCGCCGCCGAAAUCUCGACAACCUGCUCCAUCUGGACCAGUACUCGGUGCAGCGGACGAUGAUGGGUUCAUGGCCAUUAAUUCGAGUCCACCCCCACCUUCACGAUCAGAACCACAGUACGAUAAUGGGAUGGAGGGUGUACAAGAUGAUAUCGUACCAUUCGGAGAUGCGCUAGCAGAUGAAACCGCCCUCCCCACAUUCUCACCCAUCACCAUCCCCUCCUCAGCCUUCACCCUCGAGCUCGUCCUCGACGUCCGCGAAGUCCGCGCCAAAGAAGACAGAGACUACAUGCGCGUCGAGCUCACCAAGAAAGGCGUCUCCCCCAUCAUGCGCAGCCUCGACCUCGGCGACGCGCUCUGGGUAGCAAAAUGCAAAGACCCUCUCUACCUCCAGCGCCACGGCCUCGAAGGCUCCGAAAUAAUGCUCGACUGGAUAGUCGAGCGCAAGCGCCUCGACGACCUGGUCGGCAGCAUCAAAGACGGGCGGUUCCACGAGCAGAAAUUCCGGCUGCGGAAAUCGGGCGUCAAGAAUGUGAUAUACAUCAUCGAGGAGAUCUCCAUGAACGCGGAGCACUUCCAGAAGUACGAGGAAGCUGUUGAAUCCGCCAUCGCCUCAUCGCAGGUCGUGAAUGGAUAUUUCAUCAAGAAGACCCAGAAGAUGGAUGAUACGAUCCGGUAUCUCACGCGGAUGACCAUGAUGCUGAAGGGGCUGUACGAGUCCAAACCCCUAAAAGUGAUACCCACCCGCGUCCUCACCACGCAGAACUACCUCCCCCUCCUAACACAAUUAUCCGAAAAACACCCUGGAGUGACACACAACAUCACGUACCAAGCAUUCGCCUCCCUGGCCUCUAAAUCAGAGACCCUCACCCUCCGCGACGUCUUCCUGAAGAUGCUGAUGUGCACGCGCGGGGUGACGGGGGAUAAAGCCCUCGAGAUCCAGAGGCGGUGGAAGACGCCACAGAAAUUUGUGGAGGCGUUUGAGGCCUGUGGGGGCGGGGAGGAGGGAAAGAAGAGGAAGCAGGAAAUGGUUAGCGGGCAGAUGAAUGGGUUGGUGGGGAGGAAGAAGGUGGCGAGGGUGUUGAGUGCGAGGAUUGCGGACGUUUGGGCGGAUGCGUGAGGUGGUAGUAGUGGUGUUUGUGUGCGUAUAUAUUUAUUAUACGGGAUUGAGAGAGAGUUCUCUAAUCAUUAUACCCUUGAAUUUAAAUGUUUCAUUUUCCCAUGG